AUGGCCGGCUACUUCAACAACAUGAACAGUGGUUAUCCUCAGACUCAGGAGCAGUUCAUUCAAACCCGUCGUGGUGCGAAUAGCCAACCUGAACGCGACGAUAACAGCUCGGCCAAGCCCUCUGAGGACCAUGAUAAACGAGCUGAGCGACGAGAGAAACCGAGAAAACCUGUGACUAUUGAAGAAGUUAGUGAUAGCGACGAUGAUGAGGAAUCAGUGCGCGACAACGUCGAAAAGGGAAAGGAACUACCGUUUGAGAAAGUCAAGCGCGUUCUACAAGAACCAGUACAUUCUUCAAAAGCGCGCGUUCCAGAUAAAUACCAGUUGCGUGCACCGAUUCAAAAGAAGGCUGUGGCAGAAGCAGUCUACGACAAAAUGAAAAACGCGUCAGUCGACGUCACUGUGGGUGAACUCCUAGCAGUUUCGGGAACUGUCCGCGACUCCAUUCUGAAGGACUCUUCGAAGAAACGAGUACCGGUUCAGAAGUCCAUGCUUCAAGAAACUGGUCGCGUCGUUGAAGACGUUUGGGAUGGAGAACUGAGCUACAACCUAGUCAGUGCUAAGGAAUUGCCCGAGCCUGUGUUCUAUCAUAACACAGUUGAAGGAGAAAUUCCCAUUGGCGCAGUUGUCGCGACGGACCCAUAUGAGAUGUACUUGGAGUCAAUACCCUCUAAUGAGAACCCAAGGCAUGUCUAUGUUGGUGAUUCGUCGGCUGCUCUCAGAACGAUAAACGGACGGAUUAACGCGCGUCUCGACGCGGACUGCAUCCUAGACAGUGGAUCUCAGAUUGUAUCGAUGGCUUUCUCAGAAGCCGUCGACGCACAAUUGAGCUGGGACCCAAAGGUCGUCAUAUAUAUGGAAAGCGCAAAUGGAUCUAUCUCUAAGUCACUGGGAUUAGCGAGAAAUGUACCCUUCAGGUUUGGGACCAUCUUGGUCUACCUGCAGGUGCACAUUUUGGAAAGUCCAGCUUAUAAGGUGUUGCUCGGCAGGCCGUUUGAUAUCGCGACAGAAAGCAAUGUCAAGAACGCGGCCGAUGGCAGCCAGAUAAUCACCAUGCGCGAUCCCAAUUUAAAGACACGUUGUGCAAUGGCUACGCAGCCACGUCGUGCAGACGACUUGCCACGUAACACCAAAAACAACGACGGAUCUACCGAGCCCUACAGUUUGUCGAAACCGACGACCAGUCCAGACGAACCGAACCCUGAACGGGAUUUUCAAAGAGCUUCGAGGAAUUGA